UUUGAGAUUCCAAAGACCCUUGUCCAGAUGCCCACCAUUGAAAGGGUGUCCAUGUCAAGAUAGUUCUACCUCUUCCCAGGAAUGUAAAAUUAAUCAGUAAUGCUAACAAUUAACAGCAAUUCAGAACAAAAGAAGAAUGAUGAUCCAGUGCAGAAGGGAAAGACUGAGGCCACAAAAAUGUUUAAAGAUAUUUGUGGUGAUUUGAUUGAGCAAGAAGUUUUUAAUCCAAACCAGAUAAGGAAUACAAAAAAACAAUUUUCAUCAGUCAAGGACAGGAGUGAAGACUUGGUUAAGACUGUCACUCUUAAAAGUGGCCAAAUUGGCCAAAUUGUUUUGAAAAGAUUACUGACAGCCACAAGACAACUGCAUUCAGGAAUCCAAGCCAAAGAUGAAAACUCAGAGCCAAUAGAAAAUGCAGGGAUUUCGCAGAGAGUGGUUUCCCUCUUAUUAGCACCUCAGCCUAUCCAGGCAGCUGAACCACUAAACAAGGUGAAGCUCAGCCCUCCAGAUUUCUACCACAAACUGAAAGAAGCAAAGGAUGAAGAGAUAGAUGCAGUCAUGGAAAAGGGAACCCGUAAACUCCUGGCCAUCAUUAUCUCUAACACUAAAUUUGACCACCUAAAUGACCAAAAUGAGGCUUGAUUUGACAUUCAGAGAAUGAUGGAGCUACUUCAGGACCUGGGAUAUAGUGUAGAUGUCAAAGAAAGCUGUACAUCAUUGGAAAUGAAGUCAUUGUUGGAGGAGUUUGCCCACUGGCCAGAACACAAGUCCUUGGAGAGCACCUUCCUUGUGUUCAUGUCUCAUGGCACCAAUGAUGGCAUCUUUGGGAUAAAGUACAAACGAGAAGACCCAGAUAUUCUGGCCAAUGAUACCAUCUUUGAAAUUUUCAACAAUAGUAACUAUUGCAGAUUGAGACAUAAACCAAAAGUUAUCAUUAUUCAUGGAUACCAAGUAGGUAUGAUUUCAGAACAAAGUGCAGUAGCAGCUUCAGGAGGCAGCUGUGCCCAGUCCUCCAAAGAUGACAAAAAGACCUUUUGGAAGGAUUUUGCUGGAAAAGAGCAUGUGGAGAAGGACUUCAUUUGUUUUCACUCUAUAACUCCACAUAAGUAUGACAUUUCUUUGGAAGAUGAUCAAGUGGGUUCCCUCUUCAUCAGCUUACUCAUUGAUUGUUUCCAACAAUAUUCAUGGUGCUGUCAUGUGGAAGAAGUUUUCCAGAAGGUCCAGAAAUCUUUUGAGACUUCACAGGAUCCAAUCCAGAUGACCAUAAUUGAAAGGCUAUCCAUGACAAGAUACUUCUACCUCUUCCCAGGAAUUUAAAGCUAUCCAAUGGCACCAACCUUUUCUAAACUAAGCUGUACAGAUCCUGAAAGACAGAAGGAAGCAGUUUGUGGAAUCAGUGGACAAGAGUAUAAUCAAUGGCCUC